AAGAAGAGGCCUUGCUCAUAUUGACUACUUUAGUAAUUUUAUUUUCUCUUGUCUGUGGGAUAGCACUGCUGUAUGCAGAGGAGGAAAUACCUGUUGUACAUAGCUGUCCACUGAAAGAAACUGCAGAUUUCUUUCCUUUUCUUGAGUACUACUGAAAGUAUAACCACAUAAAUGCUAUAUUUUAAUUUAAGAAUGAAAGGGGGGAAAUUUCAAUUCUUUUUAUAGUUUAAAACGGGUUGAUAUGACAUUAAAAGUAGCAACAAGUAAAUAGAUCUUCCAGGCCUAUUGAUAAAAACUACAGAUUGUACUACAAAAGGGUCCUGUACUGGUUGUCGCAAAUCGAAUGCUGUUGGAGGCGACAAAUAGGGCAGCCAGCGCAAUCCCUGAAUGAAAAUGGCAUAUAUUUCUUCAACCAAUAUGAAAUAAAAGUAAGAUAAAAUUCCACUAAAUUGAAGCGUCUCACCAGUGAUAUCCCGAUCCACGUACAUUAUUUUGCUCGAGGGCAGGCUUGUGGAGGAAUUGGGUUUGACCACGGACGUUGUCAGGCAUCGGUACAGCCGCAUUUGUGCUUGCUUUUCCGCCACAGUUCAAACUGGCAGUUGUGACUGUCAGGGUCAGGAGGUGGGAUUUUGCUGAGUUACAGACGACAAAUGCAUACACAUACCAAAUAUAGCGCCAUUAAGACAAACACAGUUGUUUAUUGUUCCCGAUAGUACCCUACUGCUAGCGUGACUAGCUAUUAAGCUGUAAAGCUGGUCGGAGAGCAUCAGCUGCAAUGUCUCUGCCUCCAGAGAAAGUCUCCGAGCUCAAACAAAUCAUUCACAACCAUCUGCUCAAGAUGGAUAUCCACGGGAAGAUCCGAGAGGUGCUGGCUGAGACUGUGAGGGAUGAUCAAGGCCCAGCGCAUCGAUCUCUGUCUGAGGCCGACUUUCUACGUGCUCUGCAGUGCAGGGGUAUCAUAGAGGAUGUGAUGAAGGACCUACACUUUAGCCAGGAAGCACCCACAGAUGAAGAGACGAGAUCUCCUACAAAGUCGGCUACUCACUUUGUUGAGAAAGAUAUUAGUCAUCUGAAGAAAUCCAAUAGUGACCCGUCAAGGCGGUGCCUGUAUCUGCAAGUGCUUGGAGGUAAGGCCUUUCUGGAGCACCUGCAGGAGCCGGAGCCUUUACCUGGUCAAGUGUGCUCUACGUUCACACUCUACUUGCACUUCCGCAAUCAGAGGUUUCGCUCAAAGCCGGUGCCCUGUGCCUGUGAACCCAACCUGGAGGAGGGCUUCCUCUUAGAGAUUCAUAGAGAUGGCAUAGGAGAGGCUAGUAGAAUGGCGGAUGCGACAACCAUGCUGUCUGUGUGUGACCCGGUUCACUUGGUGCUGAUCAAGACAGACACCUCCAGUGAGACGACGCUGGUCUCAUCCUACUUCUUGGACUGGAGGACAGUCCUCAGCUCACCUAGUGGAAAGACCUGCUUUGCUGUAGAGCUGAUGGGAGUUGGAAGCGAAUGUAAAGUCCCAGCUGGUGUUUUGACAGUCACUCUGGAGCUCUACCCUCCCCUCACAGAGACUCUGAGCGCCGACAUCAUCGGCACACAGCAAUCACUGGAGAGGCAGAGAACGGCAGAGAAGGAGAGGCUCUUCUUGGUUUAUGCCAAACAGUGGUGGCGGGAGUUCCUUGAGAUCCGACCAUCGCACCAAUCGAAAAUGGUCAAGAUAUUUGCGCAGGAUGAGAAUGGCGUCAACAGACCGGUGUGUUCCUAUGUGCGUGUCCUCCGGGCGGGCCGGCUGCUGGAGAGUCCUCGGCAGGCGGCCCGCUUCGUCAGCCUGCUGGCCCACGAGAAGGCCCCGGUGGUCGGAGGAGGAGGAGGCGGCAAGCAGGAGCAGUGGUGCACAUUGAUGGCUUUCCUGUGCAGAGGGAAGGGGGAUUGUGAAGACCACGCCACCCUGCUGUGCAGCCUCCUCCUGGGCUUUGGCCUGGAUGCGUACGUGUGUGUGGGCACCAAAGCCAAGGGGGUGCCACACACCUGGGUCCUGACUCGCGGCACUGAUGGGAGCAUUACCUUCUGGGAGAGCCUGACGGCACACAGAUACCUCCAUCAGGCCAUAGACCCAGAUGCCCCGCCCCUGGCCCCCCAGCCCAAACUCUCGUCCCCCUACCGCACUGUGGGCUGUGUCUUCAACCACCAGACCUUCCUGGCCAACUGCCAGCCGUCCGAUGCCGUGGAGCUUUGCGUCUUUGACUUCCAGAAUCAGUCUCGGUGGAAGGCGAUGAGCGAAGAGGCUCUGAAGUCUGUCUGUGCCCCAGGCUCAACCACCUCUUUGCCCCUUCUGCCUCCACUCUGUGCCCCGUUUCUGGAUCCUGCUGCUUCCAGCAACCAGCUGGAGCUGGAGAUGCGCUACCUGGUUUCUGAGCACAGGAAGGACCUGGAGCUGGCAACAGUCUGGGAUGACCACCUGUCCUACCUCCUCUCCUCUGCCUUAUCGGCCUAUGAGCUGGAGCGCUGCAUCGGUGUGUCCUGUGGCAAUGAGGAGUUCCAGGACGCAGUGAGGAGGGCAGUGCCAGAUGGACACACUUUCAAAGGCUUCCCCAUACACUUCUUGCACCGCAAUGCUCGUAGAGCCUUCGCCACCUGCCUCAGGUCCCCUUUCUGUCAGGAAAUAUUUUGUUGUCGUGGCGACCAUGUGAGGCUGGCGGUCCGUGUUCGGGUGUUUGUGUAUCCAGAGAAUGCAUGUGCAGUGUGGCUCAUGUUUGCAUGUAAAUAUCGUUCAAUACUCUAAACAACGGACAUAUGGGGCCCAAAAAUUGCCAGCUUACGUUUCAAAAAAUACUUUAUAUCCUCAUAAGGACCCCACAGGUGUUUUGUUUUUUUUAAUAUAUAUAUAUUUGUGGUAAGACUAAAUUGAAAUGAAACUGUACUGUAAAGACAGUUACACAGAUGUUUGUGGCUGUUGUCUCUACUCUGGUGCCUAGGCCUUUAUCUCGUAGUCAGGUAGACUCAUCAUUUGUACAGACAUUUACGCUCAGAAUUGUAUUUAUAUUUCUAUUUUUUUUUUUAAAUAAAUGGAACUUGGUUAA